AUGACGGAGGUGUCCCUUGAGAUGGAUAAUGGUGAUAAUGAUGGAGAUGGCAUUGAUGACGAUGAAACAGCUGUUGUUUCGGCUGCUGCUUCUACUGGCGAUGACGCUGAUGCUGAUGCCGUUGAUGACGAUAAUGAUGAGGAUGAUAAUGAUGAUGCAGUUGCCGAUGAUACUGCCUCUGCUAUUGGUGAUAACGCUGAUGCUGAUGCUGCUGGUGACGACAAUGAUGUUGAUGAUAGUGAUGAUGCAGUUGCCGAUGAUGUUGCUUCCACUACUGGUGAUGAUGUUGAUGCUGCUGGUGAAGAUAAUGAUGGUGAUGAUACUGAUGAUGCAGUUGCCGAUGAUGCUCCUUCUGAUAUUGCUGUUGCUAGAUUUGAUAAUAAUAAAGACUUUAAUGUGGGUGAUGAAGAUGCUUCUGCUAGUAAUACAGUUGCUGAUGAUGAUUGCGAUGAUGGUGAUGGAAAUGGUGAUGGUGAGAUUAUUGAUAGCGGUGGUUGCGUCGAUGAUUGGCGUGGAGCUGAAAGAUGA